GUCCUUUUUGAAUGGGGAAAUACAUAGAACUACAGUAGGUAAUUUAAUCUUCUGCUCGGCAUGUAAAGGGUUAACAUUCCAGUUUGUAUUUUGAAAUCUGGCGAGGUAACUGCUGUAGUACCACCCAGGCUAACUACGAUUUUUAUGAAGUAUCUUUACUGAUGAACGCAUUGCAAGCAACACCUCUGUAAACUUUGCAAGGACGCAUUCAUCUUUUUCGUUAUUGUGACAGUUGGUCAUUCAGAGUUUCCGAUGUAAUGAACAGCUGAGCUGAAUAGUAUGAACGAACUGCUGUAAAUUAGUUGACCGGCUCAUCCACUUCUCUUGCCCUCUGGUGACCAUGGAGACAAAAGCAAAUGGUUCAGUGGACAUCAAAAGCACUGUUGAAAAUGGUCAGCUCCCUGAUCCCGCCCAGUGGGCCGUCGCUGAUGUGGUCAAUUACUUCAAAGCUACUGGAUUUGAGGAACAAGCGACGGCUUUUCAGGACCAGGAGAUUGAUGGCAAGUCCCUCUUGCUUAUGACUCGCAACGACGUCUUGACGGGCCUGUCAAUCAAGCUGGGACCAGCACUGAAGAUCUACGAGUACCACGUCAAGCCCUUGCAGACGCAGCAUCUUAAGACCAAUGUGUCGUAACACCAGGAGGAGGCACAGUACGAAGAGGAGAAGACAAUCAUGUGAUCUGGAAUCUUUAUCUGGAUGCUACAGGGUUAGAGAAGAUACUUCUGCUUGUUACUACAUCAUGUGGGAAGACAUACAAGUAUCUGAUGAACACACAACACUGACAGCCUUCCUGGAAAUGUGCCGUCAAGUGUGAUUGGACAAGGACUGGUGGUGGAUAUUUUAAUGUGGGACAUGCAGUGUUAACUAUGCUGCUAAUCUCCUCUCUUUGGGUCUUUAGAAAAAAAUGUAAAUAUUGACUUGCUUGUUUAUUUUAUUAAGUUGUGUUUGUUGUGGUUAUUUUAUUUAUUGUGUGUGUGUGGGUGUGUGUGUGUGUGUGUGUGAGAGAGAGAGAGGGAGAGAGAGACGGCAGCAUUUGUGUUUUAAUGUGACACCUUAAAGUCAGGCACUUCAUUGCACGUUGUGUUGUUGUCAUGAAUCAAUGCAUGGCGUUUCCUCCAAACUGGUUGGGUCUGGGAGUGGCCAUGUCCCUUAUUUAAUUGUAAAUAGUCUGAAUCGGGUGCUCUUCUACUUUUUAUACAAAGGUGCAUUACAUGCUGUUUGGUAGAUAGUGAAAGCCAUAUCUUAUAAGAAUUCAGUGGAAAAUAUAGAUAAGUGAUAUAUGGUAAGACAAGAUAAGUGGUGCUAAUUUAUGUUUGAUGAGUACUUUAUAUGGUGGCUAUAACAUGGAAUUGAUACAUCCAUUGGUUUGAUUUUGUUUUUAAGUAUGUAAUGGGCUAUUAUGUGCAUCGGAACAUGGGUCACUUAAUUUAAGAUAUUUAAGUCCAAAAUUUGCAUAAUGCAGACAUUCAUGUGCUAUGUGAUGAAAGAAAAGAUCUGAGGUAAAUCAUGCUGUUGUAUAAUUUUAUUUCAGUUGGCAAUACCUGUGUGCUUGGUACAGUUUGGUUUGAAUGUGUGGUCCCCUUCUGUUGGCUACAGUGUUGAAAGCUUCCCUCAGUUCCCUCAGUUAAUGAUGUGUUUUGAUAUGACUACAAAUGUGAUGAUUUUGCAAAUGCACAAGCGCUAUAAAUGAAAUCUAUUUCA